AUGAAGAGAGAAGCUAUGCGUAAACUUUUUGAGACGGCUACAGCAAUGUAUAGACUAAAUGCUGGAAGUUUCUCUAAAAAACAAAUAAAUUUAAUUAAAAAAAUACCUGAGGUAAUUAUUCCAAUGCCAAAAGGAAUUGCUCCUUUUAAUGCAACAGCAGAUUCUGUUACUCUCAAAUGGGAACCUUCAACACAAAUUUUUUUGGAAGGAAAGCCUUUUUGGUAUACAUUAAGUUAUGCACCUAGAACCCCUCACAGAUUAAAUAAUUCCACCAAAGUGAUUGACUUUUUGAGACAAAAUCGUUUUGUUGUUAGUGGAUUAAAAUCAUUUACUCUUUAUGAAUUUAAUGUUCGUAUUUCUACUUCAGAGGGAAGUUCAAAACCAGUUAAAUGUCAAGAAUAUACUGAGCCUUGUACUGUUCCCCAAUUAUUACAAUUGGAUGCUAUUAGUUCUGAAACUGCUACAAUUUCUUGGCGAGCUCCAAGAAAAAAUAAUGGGCCAGAAAAAUAUUUAUUAUUAUUUACUCAAGAACCAGCUCCCCCUUUCCAAUAUUGGAGAAGAUUUGAAGCUGGAAAACGAAGGAAAUUUACACUUAUUGGCCUUAAUGCUGAUACUCGGUUGAACUUUUUAAUUCACAGGAUUUUCACGUGUGGUGUUAAAAAGAAUUAA